GAGGAAUAUUUUGUUUACUGUUAUCGAAUAACAGUAAAUUUAUCGAAAAGUUGUAUUUUUCAUUAGAGACCUAUUAAUUACCGUUGGAGCCGCUGGAAAUUAUUCACAAUGGAGUUCCCACCGAGUGUGAUGGUGAAGUUAGCCGAGCUGCUGAGACCUCCGGAACCAGACGUCUUGCAGGGCGAGGACUUGCCAGCGAAAGACUUCGAAAUAACAUCAACGCGAAGUGACAAUCCCACCGAGAAUAAACAAGAGGCUCCGACAACUAUCGAAGAGUAUGAGGAGCAGGAGUCUCGGCGGGCGGAGGAGCUGUCGCACGCCGGCGCCGGGGUCGGCGGCCGCAGGGCUCCGGAGUACACCAUGAACUACCAGCAGGCUGUCUCCGCUGAGGAUGUCUUCCUUCAGAUAGGGCACAAGACCCCAUCAACAGCCAGCUGCGAAAACUUAAAAGUGAGGAUCAAAAUGCCCGGAGACAAAAUGGAGAACAUUGAUCUGGCCGUGGACAAGAGCAGCGUGACUGUAGACUCCUCGCAGUAUCACUUGAAGCUCCCCCUACCUCAUGGGAUAGACCCUGAUGCCUCCAAAGCCAACUGGGAUUCUUCCGAGGAAACGCUGAUUUUGACCCUAAAGUUGGAUAGAGAGUUUGACUUUGUGAACUUUUGAUUAAA